UUGUUUGCACUAGCAGCUGUUACUCUUGCUAAAUACCAAAUUGGGAGUGGCCAACAAUGCUAUCAGUGUGCUACAGAAGGCAGUAAAAUAUGCAGAGAUGCUAUGGAUCCUGAAGUUAAACACCGCUGUGGAGAGUUUGAGUACUCACUUGAUUGUGGAAGUUGGAACGAUACUCAAUGUUCAGAUCAAAUAACAGAUACAAGUGAUUACUACCUCUUGAAAUUGGAAAUAAUUUUGUUUUAAAAAGCAUGCUCUCUAGGAAAAGAAUGAACCCAUAGAAAUCCUGGUCAGACUAGGAAACCCCUGUAAAACUCCUUCUUCGUCUUGGAAGCCUCAUAAAAAUUCUCAUAGGCUAUCAACUUAUCUAUGAUAGGGCUUGCUUUAAGUUCCAAAAGUUUUGGAGAGUCCAAUGAGUAAAUUUUUCAAAUUUCUUCAGGAUUUGUUGAUUAGUCUUCUCAACUAAAAGAAACUUUGAGGGAGAAGCUAAAUGAAAGUUUUUAUUGCAUUUUCUGUAAAAAUGAGCGAGAUGACUCGUUCUUCGAAAUAUCAACACUAAUAGUAGAACUCAGGCAAAAUAAGAAGGAGUCAUUUUUCUUUCAUCCUUAUAGAAAAUACAAUAAAACUUGAACUUAGCUUCUCCUUUAUAAUUUUCUCAAUUGAAAAGACUAAUUGUCAAAUCCUAAAGAAAUAUGCAUAACCUGCUUGUUGGAUCCUCCAAAACUUUUGUAACUUAAUGUAAGCCCAUCAUAGAUGCUUCAAGAGCCUCUGAGAAUCUUUAAGCGGCUUCUAAAAGGAAGAAGGAGGCUCAUAGAAGUCUCAUCAGUAUUUCUGUGGGCUUACUCUUCUCCUUGAAGCCAUGCUUUUUAGAACAAAAUUAUUUUCAAUCUCAAGGUGCAAUACGGAAGACAUUUACUCCUGUGUGAUACUUUCAAUUCUUGCAAGUAUGAUCAAAUUUGGCCAUCAAUUGAUGAGGUAUAGUAAAGCUGAAAGAAUGUAACCUUGCACUAUCUUCUAAUUUUAAGAAGAUCAUUUGGCUGGAUAAUCUGUAAACCCCACUUUUUAAGUGAAAUAAUGAUAGAAUCUACAAUAUUUUAGCAAUUCUGUCAUUAUUAAAAAUGCGACUUUCAGAUUAUCUAACCAAGUGAUCUUCUUAAGAUUAGAUUAUAUCUACAAGGUUACAUCGUUUCAACAUUUUUUAUAACAGAUUAUACAACAGAAAACCUAAUGUUGGCUGAGCCCUGUGCUAUCAGGCUCUGGAAUGUUGCUUCAGGCAAUUAUAAGAUAAAACUUACAAAUCUUGAAGCUAGCGGCCUUGAUGCAAUUUUGUCCACUCAAGAAAAUUCUGAUCUUAAUGAUUUUAAAUUCUUAGAAAAAAUUGAAGACGGAAAUUAUCAGAAUUCUAGUGUCUCUGCUAAGAAUGAUCAAGCACUGCAUAUAAAGCAUGAAAUGCUGCGGACUGCCGGAUUUUCCUCAAAACAUAUUAUCUUAAUCAUUGCUGGAGCAGUUAUCUUCUGUCUAUGCUCAACCUUAAUAUCUAUAAUUAUUAAAAAGCUAAAAAUACACUAA